AUGAAACUCUUUGAUGAUUUAUGUAAUGACCUUGAUCUUGUGGAUUUUCCUAUUUCGGUUCCAAAUUCCGAUUGGGGUACUUUCCCUAUUCGAUUUCAAUUAUCUUGGCUUGAAGGUACGGCGGGCGAAUGUUUUGCAAAAAAGCUAAAUGCUUUGAAGGAGAAAUUAAAAGUGUGGAAUAGAGAAGUCUUUGGGAGCAUUGAUAGGUCUAUUGACACGUCUCUAACCAAGUUGAAAGAAUUGGAUGAUUUAUAUGAUGAUAGGGGUCUCACCGAAGUUGAAGAAGACAUGCUUGUGACGGCUAAAGUGGAUUUUGAGGUGGCUCAUCGUCGUCAAAGCAUAAUGUUGAGACAAAAAUCAAGAAUUAGAUACUUUAGAGAUGGUGACCGUAACACAAAACAUUUUCAUCGAGUAGUGAAAGGUCAUAGAGCGUUUAACAACACCAAUAACCUUCGUAUCAAUGGACGUUGGACCGGAAACAAGGAAGAAAUCAAGUUGGGUAUUGCAAAUCAUUUUGAGUUAGCUUUUAAAGAAAUUUCAUACAAUCGUCCAAGAAUCAAGAGUAUGUGUCUAAAGCGUAUUGAUAAGAAUGCAAGUAUUUGGUUGGAGAGACCUUUUAGUGAAGAGGAAGUCAAGAUUGCAAUUAAAGAUUUGGGAAUUGAUCGUGCUCCGGGUCCGGAUGCACUACAAAAAAACUGA